AAAACCUCCUCCUCCGUUACAUUCACCAGACCUCAUGCGUUUUCUCAAACCAAACCUCUCAUUUUAUUCCUUAAUUUCCUCAAACCACCGUGCCGAUGUCGUCACCGGGCGGUGGUGCCCCCAAUUUCUACGGUGGUUUCCCUGGCCGAUCCAACAACAACAACAACUUCACAACCACCACCUCCACCACACACAACCUUCACCCUCUCUACCGAACCCAGCAGCAACUUCCUCCAAUUUUUCUCGACCCUUCUUUAUCCCACAUCGCUCAGCGCCAAACACCAUCAAUCAUCGGAAAACGCACCCUCGCUGAGUUUCAAAUCCAGAAUCAUCAAAAUCAAAAUCAAAAUCAAAAUCAAAUUCAAAAUCCUGUUCUCUCCAAUCUUCUACUUCGUUCUGUUAAACCCAGAAAUUUCCACCAUGCUUCUCCAAUCGAUUUCUCCACUUCCUCACCAGAAUUCUCUAACUCUUUUUCUUCUACGUCGUCGUUUCCGUCACAGCGUUUGCCGUUUUAUAACCACCUUCACUCAAACGUUUCUCAGCAACAAUCCCCAUUUCCAAUCACCAAUUCAAAUCCCACAAACCCUAAUUUCCCGUACCAGAUUUCCAAUUUCUCGCAGGUGCUCAACGGAGCAACCACCACCACCACCACCCAUGGACCGGAGAAGAGGGUGAUGGACCACCGUCUACAGGAAUUGGAAAAGCAGCUUCUGGAAGACAGUGAUGAUGAUGAAGAAGGUGAUGCGGUUUCUGUGAUCACAAAUUCUGAAUGGUCUGAGACGAUACAAAGCUUGAUUGGUGCGGGUCAGAACAACCCGACCCGGAAACCCGAUUUAUCGUCGCCGACUUCCUCAACGACGUCGACGAAUUCAACCAUAACUUCUAUGGCUUCCCCUGCUCCCACAUGUUCAAAGCAGUCGUUGAUGGAGGCCGCAUCGGCGAUUUCCGAAGGGAAAUUGGAGGCUGCAUCGGAGAUCUUAUCACGUUUGGGUCAGGCUUCGAACCCGAAUGGGAAUUCGGAUCAACGGUUCACGGAUUGCAUGGUUUCCGCGCUGAAAUCGAGGCUGAACCAGGCUGAAAAUCCACCUCCGGUGGCGGAGUUGUUCAGCAGGGAGCACGCAGAGUCGACCCAGUUGCUCUUCGAACACAGCGUCUGCUUCAAGGUCGCUUUCAUGGCUGCGAACCUCGCAAUCCUGGAAGCCGCAUUUGACGAUACCACUACCACCAGCAUGAAGCUCUGCGUGGUGGAUUUCGAAAUCGGGCAUGGGAGACAAUACGUUAGCCUUCUGCAUGAGUUAUCGGCGCGUCUCGCCGGGAAACCGGUGACGGUGAAGGUUAUAGCAGUUGCCGAAGACGGAGCUGACGAGAGGUUGAAGACGGUGGGUGACAUGCUGGGUCAGCAAGCUGAACGACUCAGGAUCGGGUUUGAAUUCAAGGUGGUGAGUUGCAAACUCGCCGAGUUGACCCGGGAGGCACUCGGUUGCGAACCGGACGAGACGCUGGCUGUGAACUUCGCGUUCAAGCUUUUCAGAAUGCCCGACGAGAGCGUGUCGACGGAGAAUCCCCGCGACGAGCUUCUGCGGCGCGUGAAGGCGCUAUCCCCGCGCGUGGUUACUCUGGUGGAGCAGGAGCUGAACACUAAUACGGCGCCGUUUGUGCCGCGCGUGACUGAGUCGUGCUCUUACUACAGCGCGUUGUUUGACUCUAUUGAGUCCACGGUGGCGCGUGAGAGCUUGGAGCGUGUGAAGAUCGAGCAAGGACUGAGUCGGAAGGUGGGGAACUCGGUGGCUUGUGAAGGGAGGGAUCGCGUGGAGCGGUGUGAGGUGUUUGGGAAAUGGCGCGCGCGUAUGAGCAUGGCUGGGUUCAGGUUGAGACCGGUGGGGCAGAGGGUGGCUGAGUCAAUCACGGCGCGACUCGGUGCAGAGAACCGAGUCACGGUGAAGGAAGAGAACGGUGGGAUUUGCUGUGGGUGGGUGGGGAGAACUCUCACCGUCGCAUCUGCUUGGCGUUAAUUUCACUCACUCACCCACCUUUUUUUUUUAAGAAUAUUAUCAUAAAUACAUUGUUUCUGGUAUAUUUUAAUUUUUUAAUGUUAUCUUAGGCAUAAGAAAAGGCUUAAAAAUACGAUAGAGUUGGAAAAUUGUAAGGAAAUUCCCCCACCCCCUCUUUUCUUUCCACCAAACAAGCAAAUAAAAUGUGUUUGGAUUCCUAUAAAUUUUAUAUGACUUGUUGCAGCA